CGAGUUCCCGGCGGUAUCCAAGGUUGGGAGUCCCGUGGCCCCCCUCGGGGUUGCAGGGGCCUCUCCCGCCUUGGGGGCCGUCGGGGCUCGUCUCGAGCCGCAUUGCGCGGUCAGGCUUUUGUGCAUGCACCUGUAUCGUACUGGUCUGCGCGGUGAGGAGCCGUGACGCUCCAGGGCAUAUGUUGUACCGAACUGGCUCAAAUUUUUGUGUGUCCCUUCUUGUGCGGCACCCGUUUGCAGUUCUGUUCUGCCUUGUACUUCUUAUCCUUUUCGCGUAUUCCUGCACUAUGUCCACCUUGUACUUGCAUGAUUUGCUGUUGCAUCCCACUUGUGUACUCCCGUAAGCCAGGAAGCGUUUUCUUCGUAGACACCGGUUGGUUGCGUUUCGGCAGAAUGAUCUCGACCUCGUCUUCGAACUGUCACGUUUGGCUGGCUCCUUGUCGCACUUCUCAGAUGUGGCCCAUGCCGGAGUUUGCGCCUCCUCCGCCUCCCAGGCCUGAGCUUUCCGUCAGCACGAAAGUGGCCGCUGUUUAUAGUCCCAGCCAGGAUGCUUGUCAGGUUGACUUGGGCGCUGCACAACAUGUUGCGGUCAAGCUUGAUCAGGCUCAGGAUGCAGGGGGCCCUGCAACUCAUGUGGCUGGGAGUGUUUCGCAUCGCGUCGCAGGGGGGUCUUCAAACCAGUCUUCAAAUCCAGUUACAGGGAGGUCUUCGCUUGGCCUUCAAACCAGUCUUCGAAUCCAGUUGCUGGGAGUGCCUCGCAUCGCGUUCCAGAACAUCGUAUUGCGUUAACAUGUGAACACAGUGCAGUUGCUUCAAGUUUUGCCGCGCCAGUUCAGCGAAUCUCGUCGUCGCACGCUUCCGCAGAUCGACCGCCAUACUCGGAAUGCAUUUACAGGUGUUUUGACUGCUCAUUGUCGUUGCGGACUUUAUCAUUAAUAGGUCGCGUCCAGUUGCUGGGAGUUCUUCAAGUCAAUAUGCAGACAGUGUUCCGCAUCACGCCGCAGGGGGGUCUUCAAACCAGUCUUCGAAUCCAGUUGCAGGGGGGUCUUCAGCUCGGCCUUCAAACCGGUCUUCCAAUCCAGUUGCUGGGAAGUCUUCGACUCGGCCUUCGAACCAGUCUUCAAAUUCAGUGGCUGGGAGUGCCUCGCAUCACGUUUCAGAACAUUGUACUGCGUCAGCCUUGGAGCAUCAACAUGUGGUUCCCCAUGCUGCAGCUUCGUCAAAUCCUGCCGCGCCAGUUCAGCAAGUCUCGUCGUCGCACGCUUCCGCAGAUCGACCGAGUCAGACACGCUCUGAGUGUCAAGCUGCCAGGGACUGGGCCCUUGCCAGUGUCGAUGCAAGUGCUCUUUGUCGUGAAUUGGAGCGGCUCCCGAGACAGGAGUGUCGUCGUAGGCUUGAGGCUAUUAAUGUAUGCGAACUUCAAAUGGGAAUUGAAAGUUCGGAGGAGGAUGAUUCGCAACAGGGGGGUCCUCAGAGUUCUACUUCCAGAGGUGCAUUGACGCGGAGCGGCAAGAAGCAUCGGAAGUGGCAGAGAUUAUGCACAUGUGAUUGAUCAUUCACGCUUGUUUGGUCUGCCCUCUCUCUCUCCCCGCUGUUUCUGCCCCUGGGUUCGCUUUGGCUCUUCGGGUCUCCCGCUCUCCCGCUGGCUUUUCCUUCCGCUCUCCGCUGGCAGGGCUCAUGAGAGGUUGGUUGCGUGCAUCUGUAACUUGUAUGUCGCAGUCACCGCUUUCAGUGGUUACUACUUGUUCUCGCGUCGCUCUCUGUCUGCAACCCUUUGAAUCAUUAUAGUGUACAUGCGGUGAGGGGCUCCUUUGAUAGAGCUCAUUGGCAGGUGUUUCUCAUUUGUGCACGCUUCUAUGUAGAUAGUGCGCGCGUGUCUCAUCUGACAGCUUCGCUGCUUUUUAUAUUUCAGCUUCGCUGCUGCCUGUGUAGCUUCGCUGUUAGGUAUUUUUCUCCGUGUCCUGGCCUGCUCCUGUGGGAGCUCGAGCCGGCCUGCGCAGAACGGCAGAACCAAGGUUGAUGGCCCACCGCCCGCUCCCAGUUCGCCCUGGCGGGAUCGGUCCCAUCGCUCAUUGUAGCUCCGCCCUAGG